AAGUUAUAUGUAUGUCUAAUGGUACCUUUUGAAUUUUUAAAUCAGCAAUGAGUUUUUAAUGGUUGCUAUAGGAACAAAACAAUGAAAAGAAAAACUUGUUUGAUCGAAGUAUCCGAAGAUUCUGGUUGCAACAGUUUUGAAAAGAGAAUAAGAGGUAUUUUCAAUAGCACUGAUAAGUCCAAAAUGCAUAAAAACACUAUUUGGUAUAAGUCUCUUCUUGGGGCUGAGAAAAGCUGCUUAAAACAGGAUAAGAUAAAAAAGAUCCACUAUAAGUUCGAAGAUGACAAGGAAAUGGUAGAGGAAUAUAACGUGGACACGCAGGUUUUGCUCAGAAGAGCUUGGAAGGCAAAAGGCAAACUUGGCGGUGAGGGCAAGUGGGAUGUGGAAAUAGGAGACCCAAUUCCUGAUGCUACGCCUCGUAUAGAAACUGCUGAAAUUGUUGAAAGUAAUGAUCAGCCAAUUGUUACAAGACGCAACACUAGAAUCAAUCUAGAAUGGAGGAUUAGAAACCUGCCAUACCCCAUCGAGACUUACUCCGUUAGUGCCAACAAUGAGGAGAAAUGUAUCAUAGUUCGUACAACCAAUAAGAAGUAUUUCAAGAAGCUACAAGUACCUGAAUUGAUGAGGUUGAAUAUACCUUUAGAACAAGCUAACAUACAAUUUAGUCAUCAAUUUAACACACUUAUCAUUGUGUAUAAGAAGCCUCAACAACUUUUGGAUUUAGAUAAGGACUGGUUUGAAGAACUAAAAAAGGUAAAGGCAGUGAAAGAUAUACCCAAUGAAUGCCAAACUCAAUAGUACUAAGUUCUUAAUGUUAAAAAAUAAGAAGGUUUAUGUUUCAUGUAAUAAUUUUAUUUACGUAAAUUACUUUUAAACCUAGUCUUAACAACUUACAAUAAGAUUAAAGUUUUCAUUUAAUUAAAUGAAUAAUGAUAA